CCAGACCAAUUAAACUCCAGCUAAGGUGAGAAAUCGAUAGAGAAAGUUGAUUUAUCUCUAACCUAGGUCUUUAAGGUGUAGGACUAGUGGAAAGCGAAAGGCUGAAAUCAAGGCAGAAGGAAGCGAAAGGCUGAAAUCGAGGCAGAAGGAAACGUAUAGAGAGUUCACUAAACGAAUUUAAAACGUGUCCCGGUAGAGCUUCGAACGGACAAAUAAAAGGGAACGUUACGAAUUUGAAAACGAACUUUCAUUGUUACCGCGAUCCGGAAGUAACAAUUUACAUUUUAAAUUCGUUUAUGAAAAUGUCCGAUUCAGCCAGCACCGCAGCCACUGCUGCCCCAAAAGGUAAGAGCUUAGCGAGUAGUUCCCCUAAGGCGAAAAGUGAUACCCCCCCUCAACUCAAGUCCGUUGCUCUUGGCCCUAACACUGAGAACGGCAAAUCGAAACCAGGCACGACAAAAACCAAAAAGAAAACCUCUUCCGAAAAACACUACCCUAUAGCCAAUAACAAUACUAGCCAUACUUCCUCCGCGAACACGGUCGUUAAUGUCGGUCACAGUUGUGGAACCUGUAAGUCGGUCGAUAACAGCCGGAUGGUUCAGUGCGAUGAUUGUGAUGGAUGGAACCAUUUUAGUUGUGUGGGAGUGAACCAAAGUGUGGAGAAUAAAAAGUGGAAUUGUGCACAGUGCCAGGCGAAGAAAAAGAAGAAGACGGGUGCUACGAAGGUUGCCAGGAACACCGCUGCAGCGAAGAAGGUCGAAAAGUCGAAGCCGGAGAAAACCAGCGACGGGAAGAAGAACAAGACUCCAUCUGCGAUGAAAGAGAUGGAAGAUUCUUUGCCGAGGAAACCCAUGGGAACCACGAAACCAACCAAAGCAGCAUCUGUUAAGUCAGCGGGAUCGAGAAGGUCAGCGAAGGCGCAUCUGGAGCUGCAAUUGCAGAAACUCGAAGCAGAACAGAAGCUGUUAGAAGAGAAAAGGAAGCUGAUGGAGAAACACUUCAGCAUUCUGGAGGAGUUGGUCGACCUGGAGGACGAAGAAGACGCUGAUGAAGAAGAAGUGGACGCUGAUACCAAGGUGCAGAACUGGUUAGGCGCCACUGGUGGAAGGCGCCAAGAAGAAGAAGAGGAAUCUCCUAGUGCGGAUGAAGAAGAAGAGUGCUCCGACGACGAAGAAGAGGAAGAAGGUGGAGAAAUGGAUUCCAGCGAUGAUUCCGAGGAGGAAUCGGUGACAGACAGCAGCGAUGACUCUAGUGAGGACGAAAAGGGAGGAACUAACGAAUCUAGCUUCAAUCCGAAGGGUCGUUCUACGCCAGCAAAGAAAGGCGAAAGCAAGCGAAAAGACGCAACCAGUAGCCGAUUAACCUGUAACCUGACGCGCAAUCAGCUCGCCGCUCGCCAUGUUGUCGCUAAGGACUUGCCAUUGUUCUCAGGGAAUCCCGAGGAAUGGCCGAUGUUUUUCUCCACUUUUGAGAGCACGACCCGGAUGUGUGGCUACACAGACGACGAAAACAUGAUUCGACUGAGGAACUGCCUGAAGGGAGAUGCGUUCGCUGCCGUUCGAAGUUUUCUUCUCCAUCCGAAGACAGUGAACAGGGCGAUGGAUGCGCUCAAGUUGAAGUUUGGACAGCCGAGGUUUAUCAUCGAAUCCCUGAAAGACAAAGUUCUUGCCAUUCCACCGGUCGACCCUGAGUCGAUGAACGCGAUGGUCGAUUUCGCGCUAGACGUCCAGAACCUGACGGUGACGAUCGACGCCUGUGGUCGGAAGGAGCUCAAGCAGGAUGCUUCGUUGCUGAACUCACUGGUUUCCAAGCUUCCGGGACCAAUGCAACUACAGUGGGCGAAACACUCCAGAAGUAUUCGGAAGGUCAACCUGAAGACUUUCGGCAAGUGGAUCUACGAAAUAGGCGAAGACGCCUGUCUGGUUUCGAAGCCGCGCCAGACCAAAGCAUCGUCCCACAAUCAGGAGCCACGCAGGAGAACUAAGGCAUACGUGAAUGCUCACGUUGAGCACCAAGGGGAGUACCACGCUCAUUUGCCAGGAGGUAGUACAUCAUCAGCCGGUGCCAGAAGAGCCUACCCCACAGCGUGCAUUGUCUGUAGGGGAUCUUGUGCAUCUCUUGCGAACUGCCAAGGCUUUCGGGAGUUGUCAUACGAUGGGCGGUGGGCAAUCACACGCGAAGCCAAGAUGUGCCGGAAAUGCCUGAAGCGCCACAGAGGAGGAUGUGUGUCCAGGAACUGCGGAGUCAACGGAUGUUCAUGCAAACAUCACCCAUUGCUGCACAAGCAGCUAAACCCAGAGUCCGCACCUAUGCAACCAAACUCAGAGUCUACGCCCAUCCAGACUGGAGACAACGCGCAACGGGAAGAGCGGUCCUGUAACACUCACCUGUCAGGGUCCAGCGCUGUCCUGUUUCGCUAUGUUCCAGUCGUGGUGCAUGGAAACGGGAUAGUGAUUCAAUGCUACGCCUUCUUGGAUGACGGAUCCUCGCUGACGCUUAUGGACCAAGACCUAGCGGAUGAGCUGAACCUAAGAGGAGAACUUCGUCCCUUGGAUCUCAAGUGGACUGGAGGAACAUAUAGAACAGAGGACAACAGCCAAAUCGUCAGUUUAGAUGUGUCCGGGCUUAAAGGAAAGCGGUAUCACCUGAAAGAUGUAAGGACAGUGGAGGAGCUGCAACUGCCAUCUCAAACGCUCGACGUGAAGCAGCUUCAACAAGAUAACCCCUACCUACGAGGAAUUCCCGUAGAUUCGUACACCGAUGUCCGACCUCGCCUGCUAAUCGGAGUGCAACACGCUAACGCGACGUUGGUCAGGAAGAGUCGAGAGGGCGAAUCCGGUCAACCAAUUGCAGUUAAGACCAACCUGGGGUGGACGAUCUACGGAGGAGUGCCGACGGGAGAGUCGCAUAGUAUGGUGCACUAUACCUACCACGUUUACGCCUGUGACUACCAGAUGCAAGACGAUGCUGACGGGAAGCUGGAUCGCGCGGUGAAGGACUUCUUCUCUCUUGAGAGUCUAGGAAUAACAGCACCCACUAAGACGAUGCGCUCCGCCGACGAUGAGAGGGCCCUCAAGCUGUUACGUGAGCUAACCAAAUUCGAAGGCGAGAGAUAUACAACCGGCCUGCUCUGGAGAUACAAUAUCACGCAUCUGCCAGACAGCAAACCGAUGGCGCUGAAGCGUUUUAUGAAUCUCGAGCGACGCAUGGCGAAAGACCCGGAGCUGAGGGGAGUACUGCAGCAAAAACUGGCUGAUUACGUCACCAAGGGCUAUGUUCGGAAGCUUACGAAGGAGGAACUGGAGGAAAACCACGAGCGUGUCUGGUACUUACCAGUUUUUCCGGUCAUCAACCCCAAUAAGCCAGGAAAAGUUCGACUCGUCUGGGACGCCGCAGCAACAACGCAUGAAGUUUCGCUGAACUCUUUACUACUCACGGGACCGGAUCUUACCACUCCGCUGGUUUCCGUGCUCUUCAAAUUUCGCGAACAUCGAUUUGGUAUUUGUGGCGACAUCAGGGAGAUGUUCCACCAGGUUGGAAUUAGAGGCGAAGACCAGCAUAGCCAGCGAUUUCUGUGGCGAGAGGAGAGAGAGCUAGGUGAACCCAGUGUUUACGUUAUGCAGGUGAUGACGUUCGGGGCGUGCUGUUCUCCAUCAAGUGCACAGUACGUGAAGAACAUGAACGCGGAACGUUUCAGCGAGCAGUUCCCAGCGGCCUCUGCGGCCAUAGUGCAGUGUACGUAUGUCGACGACAUGUUGUGUAGCACAGAGACCGAAGAGGAGGCGAUUGAGUUGGCGAAGACCGUUUGGGACAUCAACAAUCGAGGCGGGUUUGAAAUCCGCAAUUGGAUGUCCAACUCCGUUGGCAUACUAUCAGCGCUUCGUGGAGAUUCCUGUGCAGAGAAAAGCCUCGACCUGUCAUCCAGCCUAGCGACCGAGAAGGUAUUGGGAAUGUGGUGGUGCACUAAGACCGACUGUUUCACUUACAAAAUCAACUGGGAUCGGCUAGGACGUGAGCUGCUGGAAGGCAAUCGUUGCCCUACGAAACGUGAGGUACUCCGCACCCUGAUGACCAUCUACGAUCCUCUAGGUCUCAUCGCGCACUUCCUAAUGUUUCUCAAGGUACUGCUACAGGAGAUCUGGCGGACCCGAGUAGGCUGGGACGAAAACAUCGACGAUAAGUGCUUCGAAAAGUGGCGAAAAUGGCUGCAUCUUCUUCCGGACGUUGAGAACGUCAGUAUUCCGCGGUGCUACAGGAUGUCUUCAUCGAUCGGUCAUCACACCGAGAUCCAGUUGCACACCUUUGUCGACGCUAGUGAAAAUGGCACGGCGGCAGCUGUCUAUCUCCGAUUCGUGGAAGGCGACAACAUCGAAUGCAGUCUCGUCACCGCUAAGAGUCGUGUAGCACCACUCAAGUAUCUCUCGAUUCCGAGGCUCGAACUUCAAGCGGCAGUAAUUGGAGCCAGAUUAGCUGCGUUUGUCAUGCAGGGACUAUCGAUCAAGGUUGCCCGUCGAGUUUUUUGGUCAGACUCCCGCAACGUUAUCGCCUGGAUACGUGCCGACCACCGCAAAUACAACGCAUUCGUCGCCGCGAGAGUCAGCGAAAUCCUAGAUCUCACGAGCGUAUCGAGCUGGAAGUGGGUCCCAACGAAGUGGAACGUGGCGGACGAAGGCACGAAGUGGCAGUGUCAACCCUCCCUUACGAACGACAGCAGAUGGUUCAAAGCACCAGAAUUCCUGUGGCAAGCAGAAAAAGAAUGGCCAGAUACCCCGGAAAAACUGACAGAACCGGUGGAAGAGCUGCGAGCGUGCGUCAACGCGCACUUCCAAGCGGAAAGCGAGAUCAUCCCCGUUAAAGAUUUCUCAACCUGGAGACGAUUGGUAAACACAACCGCCUACGUUUUUCGGUAUCUACGCCAGCUUCGACCAAAGAAAUUCACCCGCACCAUCGAAAUCCUUUCGAGCAAGGAGAUACACCAAGCUGAGGACUACCUUCUCCGCACAGCACAGCAAGACGUCUUCCGAACCGAGCUAAACAUUCUCCGACGCGACGACCGCAACGCAACGAUUCCCAAGCAAAGUCAGCUGUACAAGCUCAACCCGUUCAUCGAUGAAAAAGGAUUGCUGCGCAUGCACGGCAGGACUGGAGCGUGCAAGUUUCUAGCAGUGGAAAUCGCCAACCCUAUAAUCCUUCCGCGUGAUCAUCCGAUAACGAAUCUCAUCGUUGAAAGCUACCACCAGAAGUUUCAUCAUCAAAACCACGAGUCAGUCAUCAACGAAGUUCGCCAGAAAUACUGCAUCAGUUGUCUACGCAGAGUAUACGCGAAGGUCAGGUCCAACUGUCCACGCUGCAAGCUGCGGGAAGCCCGUCCCCGUCCUCCAGCAAUGGCUGACCUACCAAAGUGUCGACUAGCAGCUUUCGUUCGACCGUUCACACAUACCGGCAUCGACUAUUUUGGACCGAUGGAAGUGGCUAUAGGGAGAAGGGUUGAAAAAAGGUGGGGGGUUCUGUUAACUUGUCUCACUAUUCGCGGGGUCUACCUUGAUUUAGCUAGCUCUUUAACAACAAGCUCGUGCAUAAUGGUGAUCCGCAACUUCAUUGUGCGACGAGGAACACCUUCCGUUUUCUACAGCGACAGAGGAACUAACUUCAUCGGAGCCGAUCGGGAGUUGAAGCAAGCCCUGCAAGACGUCGACCAGCACAAGAUGGCUCAGGAGUUUGUUUCGACGACCACCACUUGGUGUUUUAAUCCACCGGCAGCUCCCCAUAUGGGGGGGAGCUGGGAACGACUCGUGCAGUCCGUCAAGCGCACCUUAGUGGAACUGCAGCUACCCCAUCGCCCGAAGGAGGAAGAACUGAGGAGUGCUCUGGUCGAGAUCGAAGGCAUCAUCAACGCACGGCCGCUUACCCACGUACCCAUCGAAGACGAUGCCGCACCAGCGCUCACACCGAACCAUUGGCUGCUGGGCAGUUCCGACGGAUUCAAACCAUGGACCGAACUGGAAGUCAACUCCAUCGCUUUGAGUCGAGGUUGGCAUCUAUCGCAGCAGAUCGCGAACCACUUCUGGAAAAGAUGGCUGCGGGAGUACCUGCCGGAGAUCACCAGGCGUUCUAAGUGGCAUGAGAACGUACCACCGAUCAAAGAAGGCGACAUCGUGGUCAUCGUCGACUCGGAGCUGCCAAGGAAUUGCUGGCCCAAGGGACGAGUUAUCGGAACGGUAAAUCGAGACGGGCAGGUGCGUACGGUAACAAUAAAGACGGCGAAAGGUGUCUACGAGAGACCAGCUGUAAAGGUUGCAGUGAUAGACGUAAGAGCUAAGAAGGAGUUUGCUGACUCAGAGGCGGAGUCAGCAAACUAG